AUGGGAGUUGACUCCCACCCUCCCGCCCCCAUCAUGUCUAUCAAACGUGCGCUCUCCAAGAUUGUACCCAACAAGUCGUCUCCCGACGAUGAGUCGAGUCACAGUACCCCGGCCUCGGCUGCAUCCAUGUCUCCCCGCCGCAGCAUCCUCAGCAACUUCCUGCGCGAUCGCGACUAUGCCUCUUCCUCCGAUGACGGCUCCGAUGACUCUUCGUCGCCUGGCAGCAUCAGCAAGAAUCAGCAGAAACGCCUGGCACGUAAACAGCGCAAAGAGAAGUCCCGCCUGAGCGAGGAGCGUCAUUCCGACGAAUCCGAUUCGCGUCGGAAGGAGGAAGUCGCCAAUGCCACCCGCGAGGAGACCUCGGAGAUGAAGGCUCGCUAUGGCGAAUUGCCGCUGAUACAGUCCCGGACACGCCCUCGUGAGGUCCGUACCAAUCUAGAUGCCAUCUCCGAGUCCUUGGUGGGCCAGCAGAUCUGUUUUACAGCUCGUCUACAUAUCAUCCGCCGCAUGAGUGCCAAGCUGGUCUUCCUUGUGUUCCGCCAGCAGCUGCUCACCUUCCAGGGUGUUCUGCAUGAGGAGGCAGGUGUCAAGUCCAUCGCCAUGAUUCACUGGGCCGAGCAUCUGCGUUUGGGUUCCAUUGUCCGUGUGCGGGGAACCAUUCAGAAGCCUCAGGUGCCGAUCUUGGGCUGUACCAUCCACGACGUCGAGAUCUCCAUCGACGAGCUGCACCAGGUCGUGCGUCGCGAGGAGCCUGUCCCAUUUAGUAUCUAUGAGGCAGAGAUCCAAACGGCCGAAGAGGAGCGCAUCGAAGGCCGCCGCAGUCACAUCCCCGAUCGCGUUCGUCUCACCAAUCGUCUACUCGACUUGCGUACCCCGACCUCUCAGUCCAUCUUCCGCAUUCAAUCCGCCAUCUGCAACCUCUUCCGAUUCGCUCUCGAUGAGCAAGGCUUCAUGGAGAUUCACACUCCCAAACUGCAAGGCUCUGCGACCGAGUCAGGCGCCAGUGUCUUCCACGUGCAGUACUUCGGGCGAGAUGCUUUCCUGGCGCAGAGUCCACAGCUAGCCAAGCAGAUGGCUAUCGCCGCCGAUUUCGGUCGUGUAUACGAGAUUGGUGCUGUGUUCCGAGCGGAGAAUUCCAAUACCCACCGCCAUCUGACCGAGUAUACUGGGUUGGAUAUCGAAAUGGCCAUUGAGGAGCACUACCAUGAAAUGUUGGAAGUGCUGGAUGCCGUGAUCAAGUCCAUUCUUCAAGGUGUAUAUGGUCGCUACCGCCGCGAGGUGGAGACUGUGAAGCACCAAUUCCCGUCAGAAGAUGUUGUGUGGCUGGAGAAGACCCCCAUCCUCCGCUUCUCGGACGGUAUCAAGAUGUUGAAUGACUCCGGCUGGCGCGACGAGGAUGGCAACCCGCUGCCCGAGGAUGAGGACCUCCACACUCGCGAUGAGAUUCGCCUGGGUGAGUUGGUCAAGGAGAAAUAUGGCACCGACUAUUACAUCCUUGACAAAUUCCCUGCCAGCGCACGUCCCUUUUAUACCAUGCCCGACCCCGAGGAUGAUCGAUACACCAACUCGUUCGACAUCUUCAUUCGCGGUCAGGAGAUCGUCUCUGGUGGCCAGCGUAUCCACGACCCCCAUAUGCUCGAGGAGAACAUGCGUCGCUCAGGCAUCGACCCCGAUACCAUGGAAGAUUAUAUGGAGGGCUUCCGCUGGGGUGCGCCACCCCACGCUGGAGCAGGUGUUGGUCUGGAGCGUCUGCUGAUGCUACUUCUGAAACUGGGCAAUAUCCGCCUAGCAUCCCUCUUCCCUCGCGACCCCCGCAGCUUUCCGGCCAAGCCGGUGGCGGCACAGCUGCGGCACCCAGAGUCAUCGACUAUUGAUCCUCCGUGGGCGCGCGACAGGAAGGGUGCCAUCGCACAGGAUACGAGUCAGCUUCAGCCGCUCGAGCAUCUCAUUGCCAAUUACGGCGAUGCUACCUCCACUUCCUGGGGCGAUGAGCGCUUCAAGAUCUGGCGUGACAUGGGCACGGGUGCCGCUAUCUCCUACGUGCCCAGCAGCAGCAACUAUGUGAUCAUUCCUGGCAACCCCUUGUGCGAUCCCAAGCAGUACCGCCAAGUGAUCACACAGUUCCUGCAGUGGCUGCGGCGCGAGACCAAGUACAAGCCCGUCUGGCUGCUCUGUUCCGCCGAAGUUGAGACCAUCCUGGGCGAGCGCAUGGGCUGGCGAACGCUAUCCUGCAUUGCCGAGGAGCGCGUAAAUCCAGCUCGCAACAUGGCAGCCUCGGACGGCGAAAUCGCCCGCAAGAUUCGACACGCCGAAAGCGAAGGCGUCAAGCUUGUGACCGUGAACAGAGGCGAGAUGGUCUCCGACGAGGUCCGCCAGAAGAUCGACCAGCGCGUCCAGGACUGGCUCAACAACCGCAAGGGCACACAGGUACACUUGUCCGAGAUCCGCCCCUGGCGCGAUCCCGAGCACCGCUGGUACUUCUAUGCCGUCGACAAGGAGGGCACCAUCUGCGCCUUCGUCGCCCUGGCCACGCUCGCCCCCGUCCACGGCAUGCAGAUCAAAUACAGCUUCGACUUCCCGGGCUCUCCCAACGGCGUUAUCGAACACAUUGUCACCCACGCCAUUCAAACAGCCGCCGCCGCUGGCGUCAAAUCCUUCACAUUCGGCGCCGGCGCCAUGUCCUCGCUGACCCCCGGCCAUAACCUCCGCGGCGCGCGCAUCAAGAUGCUCCAGCACACCUACGACACCAUGGCCAAGCAGUUCCAUCUGGUGCGCAAGAGUGAGUUCCGGGCUAAGCUUGGCGCCGAGGACGACCCGCUCUACAUCGCUUAUCCGCCGCACGGCCUGGGCAGUAAGGGUAUGCGUGCGGUGCUGCAUUUCUUUGAAGAUUGA